AUGCUUAGUCGGCACUAUCAGCGGAGUGGUGACGCAGAUUCUUCCUACAAUGGCACUACCCUCCGAUCCAAUGAUUCCGAUACUCUAGAUCUCUCCUCGGAUUACGAAUCCGAGGAUCUUCUGUCGGAAACGAGUGCGGACAGGGCAUUUGUUGUUUCCGACACUGACGCGCUUUCAUAUAAUUCCGACAGAUCCUCUAUGGAAGGAGAGGUCUCACGUGGCUUAGAAGAAGGGACUUUGGAUGAGAUUGAAGACCCAUCACCUCUGGGAAAAAAGAAAGCGAUUAAAGCAAUCUCAAAGAGAACCGUCUUUUGCAAUGGUCAGCCAGAAACGCAUCUCCUAGUUCUUUGGUAUUCCUGGGAGAAGAGCAGAAACCCUUCAGAGACCGAAUGA